ACACACACACCACAGAUCUUGACACAUAGACAUAUUUCUGUCGAGACAACUGAUGGACUUGAUUGACAGAUGGAGGAAUGUACCUGGGUGAGAGGUGUUCCACCUGUCGCAGGGGGCGGAGCCAAGUAGGUGAGCGGACUUUAAUUAGAGAGAGGAGAAGCAGAAGGCAGAAGCGCACAGAGGCUUGUGGAGAAAGCUCCAGGAACUGCUUGUGUAGAGCGAAUACGGACUUCCAGAAUGAACAGGAAAAAGGACACCGGACAUCAGGGAAAUGACCUGGCUGUGCUGGCCAGCCGUCUGCAGGAGUAUUCAGACAAAGUGGAAAAGAACCUACUCCAUGCUGAAGAGCUGCUAAAUGAGGACGCAGAGAAAGGGAGACGCGGCCUUUCUCUGACUCUGCGCAUCAAGGCGGCGGAUAAUCUGGCCGAGGCAGAGACACUGCUUAAGCAGCUGUUCAUGGAUGUGGACAAAGCAAAGAAACUGCAUCACCCCCAAGUUUCUGAAAUUGAACUGGAUGUGAGUCAUCUCCAUGACCGCUGGUCUAACGACUGCAGGAAGUAUCGGGAUCUGUACAAGCAAGGUCUGGAGAUUGAACACUCACCACAGGUCAAAUGGACUGAGCUGCUUUCUUCCAAACAGAGGCAGAUCCAGUGCGAGGAAUACGGCCCAAACCUAUCUGAUGUGGAAAAGCAGAUAGCGACCCACAACAUCCUCCAUAAAGAGAUAGAAUCAUACCGCUCUCAGCUGGACUCAGGGGACGUGACUCUGUACUCUCGUCUCAUCGACGAGUCUCAGAAGCGUAAGACCAAUCUGUCCUCUCUGUACGACUUCAUCUUGCGCUGUAAUAAGCAGUCCAGCUAUCUGACCGAGCAGCAGGACCGGAUCCGUAAAACCGACUGGAGUGACCUGAUCAGGGACGUGACCGGUUUGCGCUCCGACUGUGAUAGGUUGAAGAGCAACGGCAUUCUGACCCAUGAGACUGAAGUUAAAAAGCUGCGGGAUGAAGCAGAAGGUCUGGUGAACAGAAAGCAUCCUGCGUCCAAGGCUAUUAAGAAUCAUAAUGCUGAAUUACAGAAGCAGUGGCAUCAGUUCCUCAACCUCUGCACCUGCCAGGAGGCCCAUCUGGACAACGUGGACAUUUACAAAAAGUUCCAGCUGGAAUCCGAGACGGUCUCCGAGUCUAUGAAGAGAAUCAACAGCACCAUGGAGCCGUCAGUGCUGUCCAACAUGAGCAACUCUCAGAUCCUCUUGCAGCUUGAGGGAGAGGAGAGAGCGGUUCAGAGGAACGAGCGCAGACUGAUCGAGCUGAAAGAGCUUUGUGACAAAGUUCCCCCUCUGCCACAACGCAGGGCUCAGUAUGGCAACUGUUCUGUGGUGGCCCUGUGUGACUGGAAGACCGAUAAGGCCUCAAUAAAUCGCAGGGAGAAAUACACUCUGUUGUCCAGCCCGAGGGAUGAAACAUGGGAGGUGAAGAACAACCUUGGAGAGACAAAACAUAUUCCUGGAGUAUGCUUCGUCAUUCCUCCUCCUGACAGAGAAGCCAUUGAACGGAUCAAGAGCCUGGAACAUGAAUUCGCUGGGCUGAAGAGAAGGAGAACAUCUCUGCAGGCUUCUGUAAAGACGCAGAAUGUGGAGGUAGUAAAAGUCGUUCAAAGGUCCACUUCCUUGUCCCACACCGAAGUGACCGUGUCGAGCUCUGUGGAGGAAACUCGCUCCAAUCCCCUGACUAACCGUGUGGACCGACUCAUCGCUGAUCUCCUUCAGCUAGAGAAAGAGGUGAUCGAGAGGUUGAGAGCUUCGCUGUCUCAAGCUGAUCACACCGGAGACCUUGCAGGCCGAAUCCGGGACCACGAGAGGGCUGUCAAGACUCUGAAAAAUCUGGAGGCAGAGAAAGCUUUGAUUCAAAAGGAAAUCGAGCCUCUUCUAUCCGCUAGAUCUCUCAACCCGUCCACCGUGUCCUACUCUUCUAAACUCAGCUUGGCCAAAAACAAGAUUGAAGACCUCACCCUCCUCACUGACCUCUAUGGCAAAAAGGCCCAUGCUGUUAUGACUUUGGAGAACCAAAUUAAGUAUGUAGGCAUGGCUCUGAUAGAGCUUGAGGAAAACCUGGCCCGAGACACGAUCAUCCUCGACAAGCCUGGUGCCAUUCAGGAGCACAUUAACAUGCUAGAGAACAUUGAGAAUGAUUUUGUAGCCCAUAAGGAAGACAUCCAGAAACUGAACAAGGAUCUCGAGAACACCAAGCAGCUGUGUGGUCAUCUGCAGAAGAGUUUUCAGGAGUACUGCCCUGACAUUUACCGACAGGAGACAGAGGUUAGAAGCCUCAGGAACCGUUAUGCUAACGUCAACAACCAGCUACAGCAGAGGCUGGAGCUGAUGUUGGAGUUGACUAAUAAGUACUCCAGUUUUAAGAGCAUCGUCCGUUCCAUCAACCUCUUCCUCAACGACUUGCCAAGCAACAAGCUGUUAUCCGAAGACACCAUGACUCAAAUCAGUGCCAAGCAGAACUCGGAGAAGUGGGCCGUUGAAGAACUGAAGAGAAAAUCAGAUGAUAUUAACCAACUUUUGUCUCUCUCUCAUGAGCUGCAAAACAUCCUCAUGGAAUACGAGGCCAUUACCUACAGGUACCGCAACACUAUUGUUCACUAUGAACAAACCGAUAUGAAAAAAUGGCACUCUCUCACGUUUGCCGAAGCGAUCCAGAACAAGGAAAGAAGCAUCGUGAAGCGAUACCAUGAACUGUUGGCAGAGCACAUGCAGCUUCUUUACAAAAUGGGACUGGCCAGGAGCAUCAUCAGUAAGAAGGAAGUAAUUGUGAACAAGGUAGUGGUGUACCAGCAGAGUCAAACGGAUGAGGUGGAUGGCCUGAAAAAGGAGCUGACAGAUGAGAUCUCCAGACGCAUUCAUACCGAAAAUGAAAUCGAAUCAUACCGAACUAGGCGGAUGUCUCUCAAAAACCGGCGUGGAGUCGAGCGAGUGGAAGAGAAAGAGACAGUGCAGUACUACCGCAAUCCCAACCUGGAGGUCGACCUUAGAAAUAUGAAGAAAUCCAUUGAGGAAGAGAUCUCGAAACACUCUGUACUUCAACGUGAGAUUGAAGUAGUCAAUAAGAAACUAAUCACCGUGGACCAUAAAAUGACCAACGUCAAACCAAAGCUGUGUAACAAGGUGAUGACUGAGUUUGCAAGGGAUCCUGUACUGGAAAAGGAGGCAGUAUUCAUCAGAGAAGAGAUGCGGAAGAUAAGAGAAGAAAUCAGAAUUCGGGAAACUGACAUAGUGCAGAGAAGCACGGAAAUCACUAUCUUGAUGAAUAAGCCACCAAUAAUCAGAGAAAGAGUGAUAAAGAAGGAGGUGGUGAGAGUGGAAAGAAAUCCCGAGAUGCUGAAAGCUGUAAGUAAGUUGAAGGAGGAAAUAACUGAGAUCGAACUCAGAUCCAAAAGUUUCAGCGAGGAAAUCUUUCUCUUGCGAAGUCAGAUCAACAAACUGGAGAUACUGAUCCCCACUAUCCAACCUCAGGUAGUCAUAAAGGAGAUAGUGAAGGUAGAACAAGACCAAGAGCUCGUAAAUGAGUCCAGGAUUCUCCGUACAAGCCUGGAGCAAAUAAGCCAUGAAAUAAAUAUCUUGAUAACAGAAAUUAGCACCCUAAAAACACGAUAUAGUCAAGUAGAGACAGUGACACAAAGGAUUGAAGUCAAGGAGAUCGUUCAUGAAAUCUAUAGAGUUAGCCCUGAAACUGAGGCAAUUAUAAGGCAAUUGAAAAAAGAGAUUCAGGAAUGGUAUGCAAAGCGUGCCGAAGCAGAGAGUAGGAUAACCGUGGUGAUGGUAGACCUUAACAGUUUGCGUUCCGAGAAACCCCGUGUGGAAAUAAAAGAAGUUGUAAAUGAAAUUAUAAAAGAAGAGAGGAGUCCAGAAAUGAUUCAGGAGAUAACGAGGCUGAAACAAAAACUGGUCCUCCUGCAGGCUGCCUACCAAACUACGCUGGAACAACUGACCAUUAUACGCAAAGAGAGAGAGGAAUGGAAGGUAGAGCGAUCCAAGGUUCAGCUACAAGUUGUUACAAGGGAAGUGAUCAGAUACGAGAACGAUCCUCUUCUGGAGAAAGAGGUUGAACGAUUGAGAAAAAUGCUACAAGAAGAACUUCAGCUCUGUCGCAUCGUAGAAGAAAACCUCUAUGAUCUUCACCAGAAGUACACCGUGCUUGAGACACAGAAAGUCGAAGAGAAAAUUAUAUACAAAGAAGUUAUAAUUGUCCAGAAGGACCAAAACCAGAUUAUUAUGUAUGAACAGUUGAAAAAAAAUCUUGAGGUGGAAAGCAAGUCUCGUUUGGAAAUAGAGACUGAAGUGAGGAAAUGGAGAGCCAUUGUUUUGGAAUUGGAACAGAGAAUGACUCAGACGAUAGAUGUUCGCCAACAGAAGAUCCUCGUGGAGACAGAACUUAGGCAAAUCAGGUCUCGUAUUCAUGAAUUUGAGAGCGCACCACCUCCUGAGGAGAAGGUCAUUAUUGAGGAGGUCAUAAAAAUAGAAAGAGAUGCCAAAAUGGACUUGCUAAUUAAGGAUCUUCGUACUGAGAUCGAAGAGGCGAACGCCAAGGUCAUUUCCAUGGAAAGGGAUAUUCGAAACCUGAAAGUACAAAUAGAUGUCCUUUCCAAGGAAAAAUCUGUGGAGAAGAUAGUCUAUAAGGAGGUAAUCAGGCUUGAGAGAGACCAAACUGUAGAGAUUCAGAGAGAUCGUCUGAGAGCUGAAUUGUUACAACUCAGGAGCGCGAUACGAAAUAAGGAGGAGGAAAUCCAGCAAGUGAGCGUUAAGUUUACUCGUAUCCAAACCUCAGUGACCAGUUGCUCCAGAGAGGAGACCACACUUAUCUCAAACAGGGAUGCACUUCUGAGAGAGAGGGAGGAACAUAUUCGGAUGCUGAAGAAAUUGGAAACUGAAAGGCAGGAGAUCACUAUAUCCUUUCAGAAUGAGACCAAAUUACUAAGUGAGAAGUCUCAAAUAUACAAACAAAAGGUCUUAAAGCUGGAGACUGAGAUACAGAGUAUAGAAAAGGAAAUCCUUUCUGUAAAAGAACAAAUACAUCAAAGGGAGACCACCAUCAUUCAACUGCGGGAGGCCUUGAAAAAGGAGGAUCAAUCUGAGACGCACACAACAGAAACUACAAAAAAGACCAAAAUUACAAUUCUGCAUCCGGAGACUGGAAAAGAUAUGUCACCUUAUGAUGCCUAUAUGCAAGGUAUUAUCGACCGAAGCCAUUAUAUCCACUUGCAGACACUUGAGUGCAGUUGGGAGGAAAUCACAAGUUCUGGGCCUGAUGGUGAAACCUCCAUUUUAAGGGAUUGCAAGAGUGGGAAGAUGUACUCCAUCAAAGAGGCACUGAAAGAAGGCAGAUUGACCCAGUAUGAUCUUCAGCAGUAUAAACAGGGCAAAAUUCCCAUCUCAGAGUUUUCUCUAAAGGUUGCAGGAGAAAAACAAACAAGUAUAGUGACCUUGCAUGAAAAACAGAUGUCAAGCUCAACCUCAUCCUCAACCUCUGUAAACAGCUACGGCUUUAACUCUUUAACACGUAAAAGCUCUUUAUCCUCAAGCACUAGCAAUUUAAGCAGCACCACCUAUGUGGAGGACACCUUACCAAUUUCUGGUGUUCUGGACACCACAACUAAAGGUAACAUGUCUUUGAGAAGUGCCAUGACUCGUAAAUUGAUUGAUCCAGAAACGGCUCUGAAGCUUCUUGAAGCACAAGCAGCCACAGGAGGGAUUAUUGACCUUAACCAAAAGGAACGCUACUCGGUCCACAAGGCUACAGAACGUGGCCUCAUUGAAGCAAGUCACAUGAGCAGGCUCCUCAGUGCCCAAAAGGCCUUUACAGGUUUCGAGGACCCCGUAACCAAAGAGCGCCUGCCAGUAUGGACUGCAGCUCAGAGAGGAUGGAUCUCAAAUGAGAAUGCCAGGUGGUCCAUGGAAGUCCAACAUCUCACAGGUGGCCUGGUAGACCCCAACAAAGCCGGUCGGAUUAGCUUACAAAUGGCCAUUUCUGCUAAACUGAUCGACGAAAAAACAGCUAAAGAGAUCGAAGAUGAUGGCAAAAUGCUGAAGGAUUUGAUCAACCCUAUUACAAAGUCUAGAAUGACAUACAAGGAAGCCAUGGCACUGUGCAAGAAGGAUUCGUCUUCUGGACUCCUCCUGCUCCCAGUAGCAUCUACUGACUCCAAUGAUUACAGCUCAUUUUCCAGCAGCCAUGCCUCUUCAUUCGUUAGGAGAAAGUAAUGCUUACAUUUAGACAAAAAAAAAAAUUAACCUGUUUGUGUAGUUUGUGUUGUCUGAUUUAACGCUAUAUGCUCAGACAACGAAGGGUCUUUGGGUUACUUAACUCCAUUUGGAUUAUUUUAGUGAGUGUAAUGAUUUGGGGUAAACCUUUCUUUGGUGUUGUUCUUUUCCAUCAUUUUUUGUUUGAAUUCAUAAUAUGGCAACUUUCAAUAAACAAGAUCUAUUUACGCCA